CGUUGCUCGGAUCGGAAAUCUUGAAAUUUGGUUAAAAAUUUUAAUUUUUUUUGUGACAGGUAGCAAAAAUUCUUUGUGGGCGAAUUAAAAGUGAUUAAAAACAAUUCAGACAUGGGAAUUUCAUUAGUAGAGAAAUUUGAACAAGAUGGAUUUGCCGUCGUCGAAGACUUUUUGCUGCCCGAGGAGAUCGAAGAGUUGUACGAAGCCGGCAAAGAUUUGUGCUACGAAGUACCUGAAGAGAUAAAAUGCAUCUUUGACACCGUCAAUCACGAAAAUGCGCAAAACAAAGACACUUACUUCCUCGAUUCCGGCGACAAAGUUCACUAUUUUUACGAGUCGAACGCUCUUUCGCCCAAAGGUGAACUUUUGGUUGAUCCAAUUUUCGCCCUGAACAAAGUCGGGCAUGCUCUUCACACGGAACGCGAUAUUUUUAGGAAAUACACUUUUAGUUAUCGCGUCAAGGAUAUUUGUUAUCAGUUGGGUUUUAAAAAGCCCGCCAUUCCGCAGAGCAUGUACAUUUACAAAAACCCGAAUGUAGGAGGAGAAGUGAAGGCACAUCAGGAUGGAACGUAUUUGUAUACUGAACCAGCUUCGGCAGUUGGAUUUUGGAUAGCGCUCGAUGAUGCAACUCCCCAAAAUGGAUGUUUGCAAUUUAUAAAGGGAUCGCAUAAGAAUGGAGUUCAUACGCGUUAUGUACUGAAUCCGGAUAAGAACUCGAAGGAAUUGUUAAUUUAUGAGAAACCAACGCCUAUUUAUCCAUUGUCGAAUUUUACGUCGGUUCCUGUGAAGAAAGGAUCUCUCAUCUUAAUCCACAAUCAAGUCGUUCAUCGCAGCGACAAUAAUCGCUCCAACGACAGUCGUCAUGCAUAUGCUUUCCAUGUGAUCGAAACCCAAAAUUGCGUAUAUGCGAAAAACAAUUGGAAUCAACCAAAGCCUGGCAAACCGUUCCCUCUCUUGUACUCGAUUGAAUGAAGAAAAAUGCGAACAAUUGCGAACGAGAACGACGCCAUCCAAAGGAAUGUUGACUGUGUGUGCAAAUAAUACCAAAAAUUUGAGAUGUAAAUUUUUUUAAAAAAUAAACAUUUUUUUUCUACAAAUACAUUUUUUUUUUUUGAUUUAA